AUGCCAGUUCCUCAAGGCUAUCAGGUGGUUGGAUCCGGCCAACAAGGUCCCACUUGUAUGCAAAAAUUGAAAAUGGGAUUCAUGAUGGGAGCAAUGAUCGGAGCCUCAACGGGUGUCUUACUCGGCGGAUUUUCGGCAUGGAGGUAUGUAUUUUAGAUAUGACUUUACUUAUCUUUUUAGAAUGGGGCUCAGAGGCCGUGAAAUGUUAAUUCAAACAGGUAAGAUCGCGGCAAGUUCCGGCGGAUCUUUCGGUGUGUUCAUGACUGUCGCCCAAGGCUUGAGAUGUUGA